AUGGUCGGCGACUGGAGCGGCUUUGUCUUCAAGCAGGGCUCGCUCAUCAAGUCCUGGAAGAAGCGGUUCCUUGUCGUGCAGGGCCGCCACGUCAGCUACUAUGACCGCAGCGUGCACGAGCCCGACCCGCGCGAGAAAGGCAGCCUCGUGCUUGGCGACGUGACGCAGAACUUUGGCAUGCGUCACGGCCUCGUGCUGCACGACGUCAAGGGCCGACAGAUGAAGAUGUAUACGCUCAGCGCCGUCGACUUUGACGCGUGCUUGGCGGCGCUCCAGGCCGCGUGCGACCUGCGUGGCUCCAUGGCACGACCGUCGCUCCUGGAUGUGCGGGCGUCGAUCGCGUCGUCUCGCGCCUCUCUCGCCGACGCGCGCGGAUCGCUCGUGCUGCGAAGUUCGUUGACAGAGACCGAGCGUCGGCUCUCGGUCGCCGACAGCGCGAUUCUCACGUCCGAGCGGCGGUCGUCGGUGUCGUCGACGACGUCGGUACCGAACAUUCAACGUGGCUGGCUCUACAAGGAAGGCCAGCGCGUGCGCAACUGGAAGCGCCGGUACUUUGUCUUGACGGGCGACCACAUUGCGUACUUUGCCAAGCAGGGCGAGAACCCCAAGGGCGAAGGCCGCGUCGUUAGCGUCAUACUCGACCUGCACAAGCCGCUCGGAAUGCUGCUGCAGCUCGACGCCAACGACCGCGUCUUGAGGGUUGCUGCGGAAACCAACGACGCCCUCGCACGCUGGCACGCGGCCUUUACUGGCUGCGUGCGCACGCUGCCCAAGCCGCGCCAUUGCGGGAUCCUGCUCAAGAAAGGCCGGACGGUCAAGGCGUGGCGGAAGCGCUACUUUAGCAUUGACGGCGUGAGCAACCAGCUCUCGUACAGCGACGCCGAGACCGAGCCGCCAAAGGGAUAUGGCAAGGUCGUCGAUGUAUGCGUCAACACCAAGCGGCCCUUUGCGUUGUACAUUCACUUGGCGAGCGGCCGGCGGCUCGCUGUGGCCGGGAACACCCAAAACGAAGCCGACGCGUGGCAAGCGGUGCUCGAAGACAUUGCUGCCGAUGUGCCCAUGCAGUAUCUCGACGGCAGCCACCACGGCUGGCUGCAAAAAGAAGGCAGCGGCGUCAAGUCGUGGAAGCGGCGCUUCUUCACCCUCCACGGACGCACCAUUCUGUACCGCAAGUCGCUCGACGCUGCGCCGCUGGGUGACGGCGUCGUGACGUCCGUGGCGCCUGGGACAGCGCGCGCCUUUGCAAUCGACAUUGUCUUGGCCUCCGGACGGGUCCUUGUCGUCGCUGCCAACUCGGCCCGCGAUCAAGAGCUGUGGCUCUCGGCGCUACGCGACCCGUUGCCACCACCGACAUUGGCGACCAAAGGCUAUGUGCUCUUGCUCGACGGCGUGGCGUGGACUCGCAUGUUUGCAGUUCUCGAAGGCCAUCAGCUUGGCGUGUAUAGCUCGGACCAGCUGACGGGCGACGUGAUCCAAGGGGACGUUGUGCACGUCGGUGAUGACGCGUCCUGGAGCGCCGAGGUGACGCUGUCAUCCGGCCGGCAAAUGGUCUUGGCCGCGGACGGUGACGCGACGUUUGACGCGUGGCGCAAUGCCCUGCGCGCUGCGAUGACGGGUGCAGACAAAGCGGUCUCGAGCGCGUCCUGGUCGACGCUGGACGCCGACGAGGAUGAUGCCAGCUCGUCGGACGGCGAAGACACGCCGGUCUUGAGCCUCAGCGACUCGACCGACAUCUUCAACACGAACGACUUGGCGCUCUUGGACACGAGCACUACUGACAUACACGACCUCCUCGACGCCCGCAGCCGCUCGGACGACGACGAUGACGACUUUGUGACGCCUGUCGACGGAAGCGAUGAUCGACGCGCGGUGCAGCGACAGGGCAGCGUCGAGUCGACGUACUCGGAGUUUGAAGACAGCGACUGA